UCUCCUGUCCAAAAGAAUAAUCCUUCACCUUUAUAUCUGGAUCCGUUUUUCCUUCAACCCAUCAAAUCCAAAUCUCUCCACCCCAUUAAUUUUGGUCCAAAGUUGGUUCCUUUUUUCUCAAAGUUUGCUUCCUUCCUCUUCUUAUUCUUCAUUGCCCUCCAUCGGAAGUGGCUUCCCCAUUGAGGAAUAGAUAAGGAGGAAGCAAGUUCUCCUCCUCUUCCCCUUCACCCGCCAUGGAUUUUCCUUUACUUUUCCUCCUCUUCAUCUCCCUUCCCUUCUCCUCCUCCGUCGAGUCCAAACUUACCGUCGGUUACUACCAAAAGACGUGCCCCGACUUUGAGAAGAUCGUUCGCGACACCGUCACCAAUAAGCAAAUCACCAGCCCCGUCACCGCCGCGGGCACCCUCCGUCUCUUCUUCCACGACUGCUUUGUUGAUGGAUGCGAUGCCUCUAUCCUCAUCUCCUCUAACUCCUUCAACAAGGCCGAGCGCGAGGCCGACAUUAACCACUCCCUCUCCGGAGAUGCCUUCGAUGUCGUCGUCCAUGCCAAGACCAACCUCGAGCUCGCCUGCCCUGGCAUCGUGUCUUGUUCUGACAUUCUAGCACAGGCGACACGGGACCUGGUAGUGAUGGUCGGGGGACCGUUUUACAACGUGCGAUUGGGCCGAAAAGACGGGCUAAUCUCGAAGUUAGAAAACGUGGGACCAAACCUGCCAUUGGUGCAUCAAUCAUUGGACGAGUUAAUAAAACUGUUCGAAUCAAAAGGGUUCACCGUCCAAGAAAUGGUGGCGCUCUCCGGCGGCCACACCAUCGGAUUCUCUCACUGCAAGGAGUUCGCCGACCGCCUCUUCAACUUCAGCGCCACGUCACCAACUGACCCUGACAUCUACCCUAAAUUCGCGGACAAACUGAAGACAAUGUGCGCCAACUACAAGACCGACACUGCCAUGUCAGCAUUCAAUGACGUCAUGACGCCGGGGAAAUUCGACAACAUGUACUAUCAGAACCUGCCACGUGGCUUGGGGCUAUUGGCCACGGACAACGUGCUGAGGAAGGACCCGAGGACGAAGCAGUUCGCGGAGAUGUACGCCGUUAACCAGACAGCGUUUUUCCACGACUUCGCACACGCCAUGGAGAAGCUUAGCGUUCACGGCGUUAAGACGGGCCGGAAGGGGGAGGUCCGACGAAGGUGUGACGUGUUCAAUUCCAUUCAGACAUAAGAGAGAGAGAGAGAGACAAAAAAGUUUGUGUGUUAAAACUGUUUAGAUGGCUGUGUUAAAACCUUAAAACGUUUGUUUCUUUGAAUUUUUUUAAUUCUUUUUUGUUGUUUUUUCUUCUCUUAAAAAAAAUAAAGAAACGAAAAAAGGACAAAAAGAACAAUAUGGUGAUGAAGCAGAUUUAUUUUUAUUCUUUUGGGAAAUUGGUGUUUUGUUUGUUAAAUUUGGAUUUCCUCUUCUUUAAGAAGGGAAUCUCGAUCAGUUGUGAUGGUGUAGUAUAAGGAAUUGUACGAUGCUUUUCAUUAUCAUCAUCAUGUAUUUCCAAAUUAUAUGAAUAUUUCCAAUAUGUUUUUUUAUAUA